CAACUGAUCUCAUCUGGAGAUAGUGUGUUUUCUCAUAUUCACCAACUUCAACCAAGUUAACAGGCAUAUUUCUCGCAACAUCGAUUUACACUCAUCAUGGCGACCAAAGCUAUAUCGGCUAAGAAGCAGCAAGAACUGCAAACAACAUAUUCAAACUAUAAGAACACGCUGCAACAACUAGCCCAAAAAAUCGGCGAUGUUGAGCAGGAAGCUGAAGAACAUAAGCUUGUUCUCGAUACCUUAGAGCCGCUCCCGGGGGAUCGCAAGUGCUUCCGCAUGAUCAACGGCGUCCUGGUGGAGCGGACAGUCAAGGACGUAAUCCCCGCUUUGAGGACCAAUGCUGAAGGAUUGAAGAAAGUGCUUGACGAUUUGGUCAAGCAAUACAAGAUCAAGCAGGAUGAUCUAGAAAAGUGGAAGAAAAAGAACAACAUUCAAGUUGUCCAGUCCUGAGACAACCUCAACGCUGCGCCUGGCGAGAGUGGAUGCGGAAAAUGGCGUUAGGGCUACGGUACAUUUGGGGGUACGCUUUCGAAGGCUCAGAGAACAUCUCAGCAUCGAUGCCUCAAAGGUGUUGGCAUUAGGACAGCACGGCCGCUGUUUGAUAUGCCU